CCACAUGGCCUUGCGCCCCGGCGCAUGAGCUCUCGGGCGUUGGAGCGCAUCUAUUCUACUGCCUUGCCGAGGAUAAAAAGAAGAGCAACUGGAGGGACCGUAAGGCAAAGCUGCUGGAGCUGCCGGGGCAAAUCCGUAUAAGCGAGCCUUCUCUGGACGAGCGGCGUUGUGCACGUGAAGAGGCGGUGUGUGUGUGUCCCAGAGAGUUUGUAGGCUGCUGGGUGGAGCGGAUGAAGACAGAAAGGAAAUACCAUUCCCUCCGUGGCACAGAUGAGGAGCCGUGGUGCGAAGAUCCUGAAUGCCUUGGCUGAGGUUGCAUGGUUGGACCCUGGAAAUGGGAUGUCAGUCCCAUUCAGGGAGCAUAAAGGAAGAAGGAAGAUCUCCCAGUUGCUGCUGCUGUGACAGCGAGUGAGAGCAAGAGCAGGAAAAUGUCGACAGUCACAUCAGCAAUUCAGGCUCCUCAGGGCCCUGUGAAUCCGCCGCCUCCGGAGGUCACUAAUCCCAAUAAGCCUGGCCGGAAGACCAACCAGUUGCAAUAUAUGCAAAAUGUUGUUGUAAAGACCUUGUGGAAGCAUCAGUUUGCUUGGCCUUUCUACCAACCUGUUGAUGCGAUUAAGUUGAAUUUACCGGAUUAUCACAAAAUAAUAAAAAACCCCAUGGACAUGGGGACUAUCAAGAAGCGCCUGGAACAUAACUAUUACUGGAGUGCCAGUGAAUGUAUGCAGGAUUUCAACACCAUGUUUACAAAUUGUUAUAUUUAUAACAAGCCCACAGAUGACAUCGUUCUCAUGGCCCAAGCGCUGGAGAAGAUAUUUCUGCAGAAGGUUGCUCAGAUGCCUCAGGAGGAAGUCGAGUUAUUACCCCCAGUUCCUAAAGGCAAAGGCCGUAAGCCGUCAGCAGGCACACAGAGUGCAGGAGCGCAGCAAGCAGUGGCCGUGUCUUCCGUCUCCCCGCCGGCCCCGUUCCAGAACGUCCCUCCAGCUGUGUCUCAGACGCCCGUCAUUGCUGCCACCCCUGUGCCAACCAUCACUGCUAAUGUCCCGCCUGUCACUGCCCCUCCUGCUGCUGCUCCCCCUCCGCCUGCCGCUCCGAUAAUGCCUGUGGUUCCUCCUACGCCACCAGUAGUCAAGAAAAAGGGAGUGAAGCGAAAAGCGGACACGACAACGCCCACCACCUCUGCCAUCACUGCCAGCCGAAGCGAGUCACCCACGCCCCUCUCGGACCCCAAACAGGCCAAAAUCAUCGCUCGACGGGAGAGCGGCGGCCGGCCCAUCAAACCACCAAAGAAAGACCUUGAGGAUGGAGAGGUCCCCCAGCAUGCAGGGAAGAAAGGCAAACUCUCUGAGCACCUCAAGUACUGUGACAGCAUUCUCAAGGAGAUGCUCUCGAAGAAGCAUGCAGCCUAUGCAUGGCCCUUUUACAAGCCUGUUGAUGCAGAGGCCUUGGAACUACAUGACUAUCAUGAUAUUAUCAAACACCCCAUGGAUCUCAGUACUGUUAAAAAAAAAAUGGACAGUCGGGAAUACCAGGAUGCACAAGGUUUUGCAGCAGAUAUUCGGUUAAUGUUCUCUAAUUGUUACAAGUACAAUCCUCCAGACCACGAAGUGGUAGCCAUGGCCAGGAAGCUCCAGGAUGUCUUUGAGAUGAGGUUUGCAAAGAUGCCUGAUGAGCCUGCAGAGGCCCCACCUCCUCCUCCUCCAACAGCACCAGUUGUGAGCAAAAGCACAGAAAGCAGUCACAGCAGCGAGGAGAGCUCUUCCGACUCAGACAGCUCAGACUCAGAAGAAGAGCGAGCGACUCGGCUGGCGGAGCUCCAGGAGCAGCUAAAGGCUGUCCAUGAACAGCUAGCUGCAUUGUCACAAGCACCAGUGAACAAACCAAAGAAAAAAAAAGAGAAGAAGGAAAAAGAGAAGAAAAAGAAAGACAAAGAGAAGGAAAAGGAAAAGCACAAAGUAAAAACUGAGGAGGAGAAGAAACCCAAGGUGGCUCAACCACCGAAACAAACCCAGCAGAAGAAAGCCCCAGCUAAAAAAGCAAACAGCACGACCACAGCUAACAGGCAGCCCAAGAAAGGAGGCAAGCAGGCGUCUGCAACCUACGAUUCGGAUGAGGAGGAGGAAGGCCUGCCCAUGACCUAUGAUGAGAAACGACAGCUCAGCUUGGACAUCAACCGCUUGCCCGGGGAGAAGCUGGGCAGGGUGGUGCACAUCAUCCAGUCACGGGAACCUUCCCUCAGGGACUCCAACCCCGACGAGAUAGAAAUAGAUUUUGAAACGUUGAAGCCCACAACUUUGCGAGAACUGGAGAGAUACGUGAAAUCUUGUUUACAGAAAAAACAAAGGAAACCAUUUUCUGCAAGCGGCAAAAAGCAAGCAGCAAAGUCUAAAGAAGAGUUAGCUCAGGAAAAGAAGAAAGAACUAGAAAAGCGAUUACAGGACGUCAGUGGGCAGCUAAACAACAACAAGAAACCUGCAAAAAAAGAGAAAUCCGGCUCUGCUCCCUCUGGAGGCCCUUCCCGGCUCAGUAGCAGCAGCUCCUCUGAGUCUGGGAGCAGCAGCUCCAGCGGCUCCAGCUCGGACAGCAGUGAUUCCGAAUGAGUUACGGACACUUAGACACAAAAUGGACAUCACUCUCACCGAUGCUCUGCAGUGUUCCUUUCUCUCCUUAAUAUACUGCUCUUGUUCCACGGUGGUCAGGUUUUUUUUUUUGUUUUCCUCUCUAUUUUUAUUUUUUAAUUCAGUGUUACAAAAGGUAUCUUCCAUUUUUUUGGGGGGCGCUCUUUUAAUAGGUCAAAGAUCUUUGCGUGUGUGUGUGUGUGUGUGUGUGUGUGUGUGUGUGACUAGACUUUAUGACAAUUAGUUCCCGUUGCAUAAAGUCUCUAAAAUACAUUUUAACUAAGGAAGAUUUGUUGAAAAUGGAAGAACUUGGAACUCUUAGCAGGAGAUCACUAGAAACUUCUGCAAGGUUUGUAGUAGGUUUCCCUCCUGCCCCUUCCCUCUCCCCAGAAAUGUUCUCUCAAUAAGCCCACCUGGUUCAUACAAGGAAAAAACUUUUUUUAAAAAGAAAUCUGUAAAAUGGUACUCUAUCUGAAAGAUGUUAGCUUUGGAACUAGUUGGUGUAUUUGUUAUUAGCACUAGUAUUCUUAAUCUCAAAGUCUACAGUGUGAUGAAAAUGUCAGAUGCUAUCAUCUUUUUACAUAAAAACAAAAAAUUCUUAUGUACUGUGGAUUGCUAACAUUUUUUUGUUAAUAUUCGUAGAGGCCAUAGGCACCUGUUCAGGAAGGUAUUUAGGCAUGAACUUAAUUCUAAGCACAUGAGCAAUAGGAGUGUCUGCAUUUCUAGUCUUUUCCACUAUUUUUUUUUAUUUUUCUUGGGAAUAUUUUGGUGAGAAGAGAGAGAGGGACACUCAGGUUUCUUGGAAAUGGUAUUUUUAACAUCAAAUAGAUAAUUUCCAGGAAAUUGACACUGUCUAUGAAAGUUUUCAUUUAAUUGAAAACAGUUUUUGGCUGCAAGUUCUCAGCUGGACCUCAAGGAGUGAUCCCUGCAGAGUGACCAAGGCGUCAUGUGCUCGUUAUUAGACACAUGCUUAAGUACUUUCUCCAUGACAAGCACCUCAGUCUGGGCUUAAAAUAAAAGAGCACUUGAGCUCCAGCUGAGGCUGAGCUGGCAGGGGACUUGGAGCGGGACGUUGGUUUUGUCUUUUCCUUUGUUUUUCCCCUUAUCUUUGUAUCUGCAAUGAGCUCCUAGAAAGGGAAUGCUACUUCUGUGUCACACAGAAAGCAGGUUUCCAGACACUGAAAUGUUUACCUCAAUAAUAGUAAGGGAGGGAGGGGGGGGGGGGGGUUAGAGGCAAUUUUUUUGAGGCUAUCAAUUUCUUAAGUCAGCCGAAUGUUUCGACCUGCACUGCUGCAAUACACUCCAUUUCCACUGUCCCUAAUUUCAUGUAUAUAUAAGUACUUUAUUUAUUAAACACUAUUGGUCAUUUAAAAUUUACUAAAAAAUAACAAGACCAGCAGAAAUGCAGAUUUUUAAUAUGGUUUGAACCAGAUUAAAAAAAAAAAAAAAAAAGUUAUUUAAAUACAUUGGACUUUAUACCUACAGGUGCUACAGUCCAGUCUGUUGUGUAUCUGGUGCUCUGUCAUGUUUUGUGUGUUAUUCUUUUUUCUGUCCUCUUUUCACUCCAGCCCCUUUCUUUUCUGUUUUGUACAAAUUUUGAAGACAUACAAGUAGAUGGAAUUUCUUCAUGCAGCACAUUUUUUGUCUAUUAUUUCCACAGGUCUUUCCCCUCUCCACUUCUUUUUGGUAGAAUAGUAUUGGGUUUGAUUUUUAUAAUCCAAUUUUAGGAAAACACCAAUUCUAUAAUUAUAUAAAAUUUGUAAUCUGAGGGGCAGAAAUUUAUUGUAAAUUCUUAACUUUUUAGCUUCUUAUUGUAAAGAAAAUAUACAGAGUUUAACAGAAAGUUAUGCCUUUCCUUCUCCCAGCACCAGCCCUGAAGGCUGCAUCUCUGCUGUGGCGUAGCCCAAAACUUCACCCCGCUGAGGAGUGGCCUUGGAGGGCUCCUCAGCCCUGGCAUAGGAUUUUUUUGUUGCACAGUCAGCCUCCAAGAGCUAGGACAGGAGUUGGUGUGCUGGGAAGCGUGGAGCCUGGGGGAUAGCCCUCUGCUGAAAAGCCAGGGGGCUGCAGGGCCAGCUUGCUAUUAGCACUCCAUGGUUUGCACUUACUGCAUCUGCAUUCAGCUGCCAGUCACUUAGUGCCCAUCGGCUGAGGUUUUAGUAGCCAGACCCUUAAGACAUGGGAUUAUCAAGAAGUUUAUUCUUGCAUCUGGCCUUUAGAAAUCCGUCUUUCAAGGAUCAGCAUUUCAGGUUGUUCAGCUGUGCAUCUCAUACAGCCUACUGGCCCUGCCUGUCUUUUAUCUCUACAGUGACAAUAGCACACUCUCCGCAGUUUGCUCUAGAAAGGAAUUACCGUUUACUGCUAAGGGCUGAAAGAGAGAUGCUCUGCUGCUGUAAACAGCUGUAAGUUGCUGGACGUCCUCAGCUCAUUUUGUAGUUGCUGGGGUGCUUGGCCCACUGGCAGAAAGCCCUCAAAGUCUUUGCAGAUUGAGUUUCCUGUAGUGCUGGAAAAUGCAUGAACUAGUUGUGUUCCGAUUCUUGCAGAAAUUAAUGAUUUUUCUGUUAACAAUGAAGUUAUUUUUAGUUGCUAUAUUUUUUUAAAUUCUGCCCUUAAAAACACCUUCCCCAUGACAGAUCCUUAGUAAUAUAUUUUCAGAAUUUUACUAUGAGGAGAUGUAAUAUACACCUAAUUAAGCUUAGUUUUGUUUUGUUUUUGUUUUUUAAAUGGGCUUGGAUUUCAUCUGUCUUUCUCCUAGUGUCUGAGACUUGCAUUAUCAAAACUAACUGGUAUUUUAAUGAAAUGAAUUGCUACCAAUUCAACACCACGACAGCUUGGAGAAACAGGCUCCCAGCUUUCCCUGCUGAAAUCCUUUCCUGCAUUCACUUGAGCUAUGCCGUUGAUCUAAGGUGAUGGUCGCCCUGGACAAAAGAUGCUCCUGUGCAGAGAACAACCCCCAGCCAGUGUUUGGAGGCAGCAGCAGCCCGCCCAGCAGCCGCUCUCACCAGCAUCUCCACCACACAAAGCCUGAGGACCCGGCUCUGCAGCACACCACCGUCCCCUGACGCUGGGGACAAGGUGCAGACACAGUCCUGCCAAAUGAGCGGGAAGGUUGGAGCCGAAGGGUUGGGGACGAGCGUGAAGUGAUGGAAAGGGGCCUGGCCUGGGACUGUCUGCAGCGCUGGAGGAUCCCUGCUUUAGUUGGCAAACUUGUUUGGGGAUUUGCAAACUUGCCUGGGGAUUUGCAGGGAAAACAACCAAAAAAAAAAAAAAGAUGAAGAAGCACCUGACUAUCCUUGAUAAGCCAGCUGCGACUGGGGCUUCUCUGUCUGGUGGAAAACCUUCAUGGAAAGUAAGAUGUUUUUCCAAUGAAUGGCAGAUCACAGGAGAAAUCCGUUUUGGCGCGACCAUUUCAGGGGGGGAAAACCUGGUGACUCUUCACUGCAAAAUGUUCUUGUAUUUUUUUUCAUUUUCAUAUUGUUUGUAGUGCUCAUUAUCUCCUGAUAUGUCAGUAGUGGUGCCUCUUGUACAUCCAGAUCAGAGUGUCUCCUGGAAAGAGAUGUUUUCAGUCCUUAGUAAGUAGCAGCUGCCCUUAAUGAGUUGGAAACGGAAACAAUAGAGCAUUUAUUUAACCGAGUUUGUACUGCAUGACAUGUCAGUCCAGGUGUCAUGAAAUAACUUGGAAAUGAUCAAAUGUGUAAGUAACAUUUGAAAUGGCAUUUUUAAGCUUCAGAAUGAAAAAGACUGAAUUUUUUAUGGUAGAAUUUUUUCUUGAAUGAACAAAGUUUAACUUUGUUUUCCAGGGGAAAUGUCGCUGAAAUCAGUAUGAUUUCAUAUGUAUACAUACACACAUAGUUUUAUUGAAACUGUUCUUUCUGAAGAAUUCCUCUUUUGACAAAACAAUAUCUGACCAGACCGAAUACCAAUCAACCAGCAUUACUGCACCUUUAAAAUCGUUGUUAAACUUUAUCUGAUUGUAAGGUCAGCCCUCUUGGCAUACCAUCAGAUGUAGGCUCAGUGGGACCAGAGGGAGAUCCGCAUCCCGUGGGCUCAGGCCCUGGUUUAUCUACUAAAGGAAUCUGUCGAGCCCGACAGUUUUCUGCUAACCAAAUGUUGUCUAUACAAAAUCUUUUCAGUUUUGUAUUGAUGUGAUUUUAAACUUUCCUACCGACAGGGUUUGUAACUGUAGAACUGAUACUUCAGGACUAUGUAGCUGAUGUUUGUGGGGUGUGUGUACGAUAGCCGCACGCACCCACGCACACAUACACAGGCACGUGUGUGCGUGUAUAUAUACAAAUUAGUUACCCAGUGAGGUCUCUUUCCAUGUUCUCUAUGUGGUAGAAGCAGACUGCAGUUACCUGAUCUAGUUCUUUCUCUGUUUUGGGGACUCUUAGACCAGUUUUUAAUUUUUUCCUUGUUUUGAAAGGAAUGAUGUUUUUUAAAGCUGGGGUUGGAGCUAGGGGGAAGGGAUUGGGGCAUGACAAAAAAAAACACA